UGGCUUAAUUUCAAUGUGCUCGCCGUUAAACUUGAAGGUCGCGAGUGCGUGGAGCUGCAGAGUCCUAUGCUAGGACGAAACAGCUGUCCAGUACUCCCAGGUUUUUUUAAUAGUUCUCCACCUGAUUUUUGUCAAUGUCAGACAACCAUUUAAGCGAAAAGUUUCUUCUUUCUAAAUACUCAUAUAGACUGAGUACACUAAAUAAUUGGCCUUAUGUUGGAAAGUCGAAAUGUACAGCUGAAAAGUUGGCCAGAUCAGGAUUCUUCCGACCAGAUUCAAAGUUGCCUGAUGUAACUCAAUGUUUUGUUUGUUUAAAGGAAUUAGAAGGUUGGGAACCUAAUGAUGAUCCAGACAAAGAACAUAAAAAUCAUUCACCCAAAUGUCCUUUUCUUAAAUCUAAACCAUACGAAGAAAUGACAUGCAGAGAAGGUCUUGAAAUGGAUGUUGAAAGAUACUGUAAUUAUUUGUCUGACCUUAUUCCAAAGGAAAUUGAUAUUGAAAAGGCUCAAAAGAAAUUCAAAAAGCUUCUUGAAAUUGUACUCUCGAAACUACCAAAAAGAACUCGUCGAAGGAAGUCACAGUCUAGAGCAGCAGAUUCACUUUUGUCAAAUAUUAGUACUAGAUCAACUAGAAAUACUCGAAGGAAAUGAAGAUGAAUAUAUAUGUGGGGUUUUCCCUGAACUUUAACUGUAUAAUCGUUUCUUUUUCUAUGCAUAUAUGCAUACUUUGUAUGAUGAGUACAGCUUUUUUUUUCGCUUACUUUUGACAUAACUAAACUGUAUGAUGUUCAAGUUGAGUGCACACAUGUUCAAAUUUUUGUUCAACAUAGCUGGGGGAUAAUACACUCGUUUAUAUUACGUCA